UUCUGAAGGACGCAGACACAUUGGCCACGUACAAGAUCGCUGACGGUAACACCAUCCACAUGGUCAAGGGGGGCGCGAAGAAGAGCACACCUGCGGCCAGCUCUGCUGCUGCCUCAUCAGGCGCGGCCAUCAGUGAUGCACCGCCCAGUACGACAGCAUCGCAGGCCCAACAGACACAAGCGCAGCAGCCGGGCGCUAACGCCAUGCCGGAUAUGGCCUCGAUGUUUGGCGGCAUGGAUGGCAUGGGUGGCAUGGGCGGCAUGGGCGGCAUGGGGCGGCAUGGCGGCUUACAGCCCGAGAUGCGCCAGAUGAUGACCAACCCAGAGUUCAUGCGGAUGAUGGCCAACCCGGAGGUCAUGCGCAGCAUGGCGCAGAUGCAGUCCGCGAUGCAGCGGGCCCAAAUGGGUACGCCAGGCGCUGGUGCAGGAGCCAACACCGGCAUCUACAACCCGUGGGCAUCGACGCCUGCUGCUACCACUGCCACCACCGGCAGCCCGAACAGCGACAUCGCCACCUGCGGCAUCACAGGCGGCACCUGCGUUCAACCCGUUUGCCGGUUUGCUCAACCCGGGUGCUGGCAUGGGUGGGUUUGGUGCAGGGCGGAUCGCCCAGCCCAGCUGCCAACAGCAGUGCCGCCCGAGGAGCGCUAUCAGCAGCAGCUGCAGCAGCUCAACGACAUGGGAUUCUGGGACGCCCAGCAAAACAUUCGCGCUCUGACAAUGACUGGUGGCAAUGUCAAUGCAGCAAUUGAGUACCUGCUGAACAACCCGCCCAGCUAGGUCCUGUCGGCACUCGGAGAGUUUUAGUAUUUUUUACCCUCAUUUUUCUUCCCUCCAUCCUAGAUGGCCGCACAUGUGCAUUCUGGGCCGCUUUUUUAAUAACAGAUAAUAUCAC